AUGGAAAAAUCGAAACUUGCAAAGCCGGAACAACGAUCUCCGUUCAUGACGCCGGAGAUGAUGGCGGCUUUGCAGCUGAUCCAGCUCAGCGGUGACGCCGAUGUCGAUAUCCACGGUCACGAGCUUCAUGAUUCCACCGGAGACGUCCGGACGACGACGAACCGAAGGAGGAGAAAAGAGGUUGGUGAUGACGGUGAAAGCGAAGGGAGUAGUACCUCCGAUAUGACCUCCGCGAUGCGAUUCCUUACUCCGUUGUUUCACGACGAAGACGAGGCCGACGAUGUCGCCGGAAGCAGAAGGAAGAGGAAGAAGCUCCGAUCUGUCGUUGAAAUCUACGAGAUAAGUAACUACUAG